CGAUUGAGCGGGAGGAGACUGCACUGGGAUUACCUUCCAAUUGAGAGACACUCGUCUCUUUCGUCGCAUUUGCAAGCCUUCCCCCCACAGUGUAAUGUUCUGAAUCGUUUUCUUAUCGUAUUGUCGAGAGUUAUGGAAACAUGAAGUAGUCUCACAACUGGAAGUGUAAUUUUGCCUACUUGGAUUUCUAUGAGUUUUGGAGGGCUCUGGGUUCAACGAAAGAUUAAGAUGCCUCUUUCAGUGUUCUUAUCACUUUGGCUGUUUUCUUUGGCGAGUGGGAAACACCCAAUGUGUCACUUCCUGUCUGAAGUCCAGAGAGCAGAGAAGGAGUGCUCUGAGAAACUUGGGGAGCAGCUACCUUUCAAUAUCCAAGGUUGCAGGGGCGAGUGGGAUAACAUCUCGUGCUGGCACCAUGCAGAGGUGGGCGAGGUGGUCACCAUCAGCUGCCCAGAGGUGCUCAGGAACCUGUUUGGCACCGACGGAGACAUCAGCAGGAACUGCUCUUCUGAUGGCUGGUCAGACGUCUACCCCGGCAUACACAGUGUUUGCUGGGACGACAAGCCACGACCCGACAAGCUGCUGUUCUAUGUGGUGGUGAAGACACUCUACACUCUGGGCCACAGCCUCUCCCUCAUCGCCCUCAUCACGGGCAGCGCCAUCCUGUGUCUGUUCCGAAAGCUCCACUGCACGAGGAACUACAUCCAUCUGAACCUCUUCUUCUCCUUCAUUCUGAGAGCCAUAGCCAUACUGACCAAGGAUGCCAUAUUGUUCUCAUAUGGCGAGGACUGCACCGAACAACCAUCCUAUAUUGGCUGUAAGGUGAGCCUGGUGUUUUUCCACUACUUCAUAAUGGCCAACUUCUUCUGGCUGCUGGUGGAGGGGUUGUACCUCCACACCCUGCUCGUGGUGAUCUUCUCCGAGAACCGGCACUUCAUCAUCUAUCUCCUCAUCGGAUGGGGAUUCCCAACAGUGUUUGUGAUAGCGUGGAUCAUCAGCAGAGUGCACCUGGAGGACACGGGGUGCUGGGAGAGGAAUGACAACGUCAUCCCUUGGAGGGUGAUCAACUGGCCCAUAAUGGCCUCUGUUAUAAUCAAUUUUAUCCUCUUCAUCAGCAUCAUACGGAUCUUGGUGCAGAAGCUGAGAUGCCCUGAUGUGGGAGGAACGGAUCAGUCUCAGUACAAGAGGCUGGCAAAGUCAACCCUUCUGUUGAUUCCAUUAUUUGGAGUAAAUUAUGUUGUGUUUGUUUACAUCAUGGAGAAGGAGAGUGAUGGCAUAGAAAAAUACAAAAUAUUCUUUGACUUGUGCUUCGGGUCGUUUCAGGGCCUUGUUGUCGCUAUCCUGUAUUGCUUUCUGAACAGUGAGGUCCAGAGUGAGCUGAAGCGGAAGUGGCGGAGCGCGUGCCUCAAGCGCUACGUGGGCCAGGACUACCGGCAGCACAGCUCGUCCAUCUCCCGUAACGGCAUGGAGAACAUGCUGCAGUUCCGCCGCAACACCCGAGCUCAGUCCUUCCUGCAGACGGAGACCACCGUGGUCUGACCAGAACUUUUGGGGAGGGAUCAUCCGUGGUCCUGACAUCUUCCCCCGAGAUUUGACUCUGACCUUUGAACUGGGUGGGUUGUGGGGAGUUCCAUCUGAAAACAACCAACUUAAGUGUGAAGCACUUCUUGUGCUACUCAUUUUCAUGUUCAUCUUAUACAGCUGUGGUAUUUUUCUUAGUAGCUUUGUGCUCGAAGCUACUUUGAGUAUUAUGGUUAUUGUAGUACCUCUUUGAUUCUGGCUAAUUCUUGGUGGCGUUUAGGGUCCAAAUUAGGUUUGCACCAUUGUAUAUCACAAUGAUAUGCUCGUAUCGAAGACAAAGUCACACAGAGGACAAGUCAGUUCAUUUGCCGACUAGAGUUAAUAGUAUCUGAGUGUCCAAGUGUGCUGAUAAUCUUAAAGAAGGGCCUCUAACAACCUGUGAAUGUAAAGACAAGGCAAAGCGAGUUUAUUUAUAUGGCACAUUUCAUACUCAGAGGCAAUUCCAUGUGCUUUACAUCAAUAAGCGAAAUAAACAUCCAAAGGAAAGAUAAAGUCAAGUGAAGAGAUACAAAUAUAAUUAAAAGGAAGUAAAGAACAUACUUAAAAGAACAUACAAAGCACAUACAAAUUGAAUAAAAAGUAUAA